AUGGAGUACAGCUCCGGCGUCCUCGAUGAGGCUCUCCAGGAGGAGGUGGAACUGCUUAGAGCUAUGUGGCCGGAGGAGUCCGACCUGUCCGUCGUUCAUUUUCCGGACGGUGACCCCGCAGAGAUUCACGCGCGAGUAUCUGUACACCUGGUUCCCCACACAGCUGGGGAGGAUCAUGCACGCUUCGUGCGAGUCCAGCUGGUGCUAGACGUUCCGCGUGGCUACCCCCACAAGCCGGUACAGCUGGCAUUGGGCUCUUCGCGAGGUCUCCCAGACUCAAGAAGUGAAGGCUUGGUCUCCCAGCUGAGAGCUGCGUCUGAUGAGCUGUGCGGGCAGCCUUCGCUGUACGCGCUUCUUCAGGCAGCGCAAGAUAUCUUGACGGAGCUGAACGUGCCGAGCGGUGACUGUGCGAUCUGCCUCGUGGAUUUCAAUAUGGACGAGGCUGAUCCCGCGCAGCGAACUCCGUGCUACCAUGCCUUUCACCGUUCGUGCUUAUCUAGCUACUGGUGGACGGAGUGGGAAAAGCAGCUGGAGCCUUUGAGCCUGUGUGCGCGGGCCACCAGCUGCGUCUCAAAAGCAGAGGUGUUCUGCCCCGAGUGCCGUUCGCCUCUGCACUGGCCAGAGCUCAGCGUUUUACAUUCGUCGCUGUUGUGCCGCGACACCGAGCGGCUUCGCACGGUGGCGGCUGCAGAGAAGCCAGAGGAGAAGAUUGAGGUCGAGGAGCUCGAGGUGCUGCUACCAAAGGAAGAGGCCCAGCCGAUGAUUCAGCUGCCUUCCUCCGAACAAGUGCUCCUCUUCGAGGUGGUGCACCCUAAAGGCACCUGUUUCCGCAGCCGACCGCGCUGGUCGGCAAAAGUCGCCAACGGCCAGGUCUCCCGAGGAGUGCACGGGGUCGUGGCCGAGUUGGUCGAGGGUGACACAACUUAUCUUCGGCCAGAAGGUUCGAAGCACUUUCUUCCCGUCAAAGGCCUGUCCGCAAACAUCAAGUUGGUGCAUCUGGAGCCACAGCGCAAGGAAACCAAUGAUUCACCCUUAUCGUGA